ACGUUUUCAUCAGAGAGCUAUGCAAAAGCGACAAAAUGUGCUCCUCAACGAUAACCUCACAGGAAGUCUUAUUCCACUGGUCUUCCAUUCUGAUAAGGCCUAUGGAUGCAAUGGUGUAGAAUCACGAGAUGUUCCCUUUGUCCACAUCAAGAAUCUUGUCUCCCUGGUUAUGGAUUACCUGGAAACACAUGACAGGUGUGGGUCUCUAACCUGGCACAAUGGUGUAAUCCCAAAGAAUGAAGUAUGGACCAUAAUAGGAGGAGACAAGGGAGGUAAAUCCUUCAAGAUGUCCUUCCAAAUAGUGAACACAUAUCAUCCCAAUUCUUUGCAGAACACUGUUGUGUUUGCUUGUUUUGAGGGUGAUGACUCCAUCAUAAACCUUCAGACAACUUUGCCACCAGUCCUGGAGCAAGUGUCUCAACUUAUUGGCCAGAAGUGGAGAGACAAAACACUCCACCUUUUCAUCUUUGGCGACUAUGAGCUGUUGACCAAGAUGUAUGGAAUAUGUAGCUGCAAUGCUAGGUAUUGCUGUCUACUGCACAACAUCCAAGGCCAACAUGCAACUCCCAGUCACUGAGUGGGUAGCAGCAGCCCCACGAACCCUACAGUCCAUUUUGGAAUCCUACAUGGCAUAUAAAGCAGAUGGCUCAAUAAAAGCCAGGUCCAAGGAUGUUUCGCACAGCAUCAUAGCCAAACCGAUCAUCAAUAUUGAAAUUGACCAUAUGGUUCUCCCUAGUCUUCAUAUAUCCC